UUCAUCUCUCGACCCCUCCCUCGCUCCCUGGUAUCCAAAUCUUAGUUUCUUGUAUCAUUGCCCAGACUCUUCGGUUUCUCUCGCUGUCUUUGCGGCUCGGAAUUGAACCAGCGCGGACUCUACAGUGUAUCACGUUGCGUCUUACAAACUCGCUACUGGAUUAAGUCAGAAUUUAUUUAUUUUUUUCACUGCAUGUAUUGACGAAGACUCGAAAUCAAAGUCAGGCUGCAAUUUUCACCAGACAUCCCACCGUCUGAUCUGAAUCUGUUUCGACUGCACGAACACCGCCGCAACCGAGAGGGAGAACAAGAGUCUACAUACAGCCAAAAUGAUGUAGCCGUGUUCAGACAACACAAUCUCAUGAACCUGUUGGACAGACACAUUACCGAAGAGGUUUGUAAAGCGGAGUGGAUUGAAGCAUCACCAUGGACAAGCUGUCAAGCCUGCCUGCCUCUGCAGCCUCGGUCUCCAGUUUGACGGCACCCGGCAGCCUGAACCCGGGCGUGGGGGCCAACGUGUUCCAGCGCCGGGGGGCUCUGAAGCAGAAGAACGUGAUGGAGGUGAAGAACCACCAGUUCAUCCCUCGCUUCUUCAAGCAGCCCACUUUCUGCAGCCACUGCACUGACUUUAUAUGGGGGAUCGGAAAGCAAGGGUUCCAGUGCCAAGUCUGCAGUUUCGUGGUUCACAAGCGCUGUCAUGAGUUUGUCACAUUCACCUGUCCGGGAGCCCACAAGGGACCCAAACCAGAGGAUCUCCGCAGUAAGCACAAGUUCAAGAACCACACGUACAGCUCCCCCACGUUCUGUGAUCACUGCGGCUCCCUGCUGUAUGGACUGGUGCACCAGGGCAUGCGCUGCUCAAGCUGCGAAAUGAACGUUCACAAGCGAUGCGUGUCCAGUGUGCCAAACCUGUGUGGCCUCGAUCACACAGAGAAGAGAGGAAGAAUACACAUCACAGUGAGGGCUGAGAGUGGAGGAGAGGAACUACAUGUGACAGUGGGGGAAGCUCUCAAUCUCAUCCCUAUGGAUCCAAAUGGACUCUCAGACCCGUAUGUGAAGCUCAAGCUGGUUCCCGACCCGAAGAACCUGACCAAGAAGAAAACCAGAACCAUCCGGUCCACUCUAAACCCAGCCUGGAACCAGAGCUUCACCUUUUCCCUGAAGCCUGUGGACUGGGAUAAGCGUCUGUCGGUGGAGGUGUGGGACUGGGACCGCACCUCCCGGAAUGACUUCAUGGGGGCGCUGUCCUUCGGGGUGUCAGAGCUGCUCAAGUGGCCCGUGUGUGGGUGGUUCCGGCUGCUGAACCAGGAGGAGGGCGAGUAUUACAACGUCCCCGUCACGGAGGACCUGAGUGAGGCAGAGCUGAAGCUCAGGAUGCAGCGCUGCAGUAUCUCCCAGUCCUCUUCCCUGGUCUCCCUCACUGCAGAGAGUCAGCGCUCCAGCCUCUUUGGGACUCCCUCUGCUUUCGGGAUCGAAGAUUUCAAUUUCCUCAUGAUGCUGGGAAAGGGCAGCUUUGGGAAGGUGAUGCUGGCUGAGAGGAGGUGUGCCUCUGACGAGCUCUUCGCUGUGAAGAUCCUGAAGAAGGAUGUUAUCAUUCAGAACGAUGAUGUCGAGUGCACUCUGGUGGAGAAGAGGAUAUUGGCACUGGACGGGCGACCUCACUUCCUGACUUCACUGCACUCAACAUUCCAGACCGAGGAUCGUUUGUACUUUGUCAUGGAGUAUGUGAACGGUGGAGACCUCAUGUAUCACAUCCAGCAAGUUGGGAAAUUUAAAGAGCCGCACGCAGCGUUUUAUGCUGCUGAGAUUGCUGUUGGUUUGUUUUUCAUGCACAAUAAGGGAGUUAUCUACAGAGAUCUGAAGUUGGAUAAUGUAAUGCUGGACUCCGAGGGUCACAUUAAGAUCACCGAUUUCGGGAUGUGUAAGGAGGGGGUGUUUGAGGGGGGAAGCACUCGGACAUUCUGCGGGACCCCCGACUACAUAGCACCUGAGAUUAUUGCCUAUCAGGCCUAUGGGAAGUCAGUGGAUUGGUGGUCUUUUGGAGUUCUGUUGUAUGAGAUGCUCGCUGGACAGCCCCCCUUCGAUGGAGAGGAUGAGGAAGAGCUGUUUCAGUCCAUCAUGGAGCACAACGUCUCCUACCCCAAAUCUCUGUCCCGUGAGGCUGUGGCAAUAUGCAAAGGGCUCCUGACGAAGCACCCAGCCAAGAGGCUCGGCUCCGCCGUCGAUGGGGAGAGGGAGGUGCGGGACCACGCCUUCUUCCGCAGGAUCGACUGGGUCAAACUGGAAGCACUGGAAAUACAACCACCCUUCAGACCCAGACCAGGUGGCCGGAACGGAGAGAAUUUCGAUAAGUUCUUCACCCGAGCCCCCCCGGUUCUCACCCCCCCAGAUCGGAUGGUUCUGGCCUCGCUGGAUCAGAAUGAGUUUCGGGGGUUUAGCUUCGUGAACCCUGAGUUCCUGCACCCCUCGGAGAGAGAGAGGGAUCUAGCCGGGCUGCUGCCCUCACCCCUCAGCCCACACAACCCUAUAUCACUGGUCUGAGAGGCUGAGAGAAUAAACACAUUGUCAGACCUGUCCCCAUCGCAAUCAGGAAAAAAAAAACACAGCUCCCAGCAUGCCCCAGCACUAUCAGUAAGAGUGAGGGAUGCUGGGAGGUGUAGUUCUUGAUCCUGUGACAGUAUAAUAUGAUGAUUGAGUUUACACUUUCCCCUUCAUAGACCCCAGUGUUAGAUGUUAAAGCCAGGCUGCCCUGUAGCCAAGUUUCAAGAGCAAGGCUACAGGAAAGAGCUGCAGACAAUAAGCAGCAGAUAUUAUACCUCCCCAUUGAAACCUAUUAGCAGCAAGUACACUUUGCUCAGAGUGAAGAUCUCACACUCACAAUGUCAUGACAAGCAUUCAAAACGCUUAAACCACAACAGGAUUCAGUGCAUAGAGAUAGUACUUGAAAGCUACAUGUCGAAAAUGUCUAUUUUCUAAUAUAAAAUAAAACCACACCAGGGCAACGUCAAACCCGAUCCGGGAGAGGCAGGCAGACAGGCAGGCAGGUCCUAAUACACAGGCCAGGCCCUGCAGUUUGUAUUGAAUGUUUUGGUGCUCACUACUGUUGAUUUGUGAGUUUAGUGUUAAUGUAAGAAGAAAGAGUCUGUUCUAUUAGUUAUUAGUGUAUUUAAAAGACAGAAAUUACAAUAAAACCUGAUAUUAAGGUCACUCAGUAUAAAGGCCUCCUCAAUAUUAAUUAUUUUGUCAGCUAUAAUGGUUUUAAUAUUGAGAUUGUAUUGUAAUUCUUAAAUUGUGUUCAUUUAUUUAUUAAAUUGGGAAUAUUUAGCAACGUAUAAAAAUGAUUUUAUAUCAAUAUUACAAAUGUAUUUUGUGAACAGAAUUAUAUAUAUAUGAAACAAGGACCAGGGGUCACAAAUGGAGAUUAGAUAAAGGGGCAUUCAGAACAGAAAAUAGGAGGCACUUUUUACACAGAGAGUUAUGAGGGUCUGGAACCAACUCCCCAGUAAUGUUGUUGAAGAUGACACCCUGGGAUCCUUCAAUCCUUCAAGAAGCUGUUCUUAUAUAUAUAUAUAUAUAUAUAUAUAUAUAUAAUUUGUUAUAAUUGGUAUUUAAUUUUUUAAAACAUUUGUCCAAUUAGAUUUUAAAAACUGAAUUCAGUUAAAUUUAUGUGUUUAUAAAACUAUAAUAGUAAUAGCUGCAAAUGUAGUAUUUUUACAAGGACUUCUGUGUCUAUUAAUCAGUUUGUAGUAAAACUAAGGUUUAUUUGGGCAUAUGAAAUAACAGAAAGUGAUGAAAUAUAUAUAUGUGUGUGUGAGUGUGUGUGAUGAACUUAGAAUCUGAGAAUCAUUUAUUUAUUGAAGCGAUAAAACGUUAGCAUUUUAGAGAAAAAAAUAUAUAAUAUGCAUAUUACCAUUUUGUAUUGAAUAAAACUGUUAACUAUCUCUCUAUCUGUCCACCAUCUGUCUAUCUUUAUCUGCCUAUCUGUCCAUCUCUCUAUCUGUUUAUCUGUCUAUCUCUGUCUGUCUAUCUCUCUAUCUCUCUAUCUGUUUAUCUGUCUAUCUCUGUCUGUCUAUCUAUCCAUCUCUCUAUCUGUUUAUCUGUCUAUCUCUGUCUGUCUAUCUAUCCAUCUCUCUAUUUGUCUAUCCAUCUGUUUCUGUUUCGAUAUCUCUAUCUAUUUCUCUUAAAAAUGAAUGUUAAAAUAUCUAUAUUAUUAAUAAUAUUAGAUUUAUAUAAGGUCAUAUUCCAAGUGCUGAAUUUACAUUGAUAAUAUAGUUAGAGAAUUAGCUCUUGUGAAUUUUAUAUACAUUUGUAGAUUUUAAUAUACAUAUAUAUUUAGAAGUGUGAUAUAGAUUAUAGUAUAGAUUUUAAUGUGUGUGUAUCUAUCU